AUGACGGACGACAAGAACUCGGUGACGGCACCCGAGGGCUUUCAGCUCGGAGGGUUUUUCGGUCGUGACGGUGACGAGAUCAACCUGUUGGGCGCCAUUUGGACGCGUAUUGCUGCUGAUACUCCCCCUCCCCCUACGGACCCGCCUGCUCCAGCUCCCGCUCCGGCCCCAGCUCCUGAGCCGGCGCCGUCGGAAGAAGUGCCGGCGGUUACUGAAGCCCCAGCUCCAGCGCCGGCGGAGGCUCCGGCACCGACAGCUACGGAAGCUCCAGCACCGGCAGCACCUGCCAUCUCGGUGGAGGAUUCCGUGCAGCUUAGUGAAAGCUUCGGCGGCCCCCAUGGUACCGAGUUCUCGGAUGAAUCUGCUGCCACUUCAGGACAGAAAGUUGCGUCCAUUACGAUUCGAGCGGGCGAGCGCGUCGACGGCGUCGCGCUCGAAGUAACUGAGCCAAAAGCUACGACAUUCAGUCACGGAGGAACUGGAGGAACGGAGAACAAGCUGACACUCGCUGCUGACGAGUAUAUUACGUCCAUGGAGGCCCAUUGGGGGAAGAAGAACGACCACACGCGUAUUUUCUACUUGAGUUUCGGUACGAGCGCCGGCAACACGGUGUCGGGAGGGUCCAUUACGGAUGAUAAGAACUCUGUUACGGCCCCUGAAGGUUUCCAGCUUGGUGGAUUCUUCGGCCGUGACGGUGACGAGAUCGACUCCCUCGCCGCACCAACUCCGGCUCCGGUACCCGAGGAAGCUCCAGGUACAGUGAAGCCGGCAGGUUCAGGCUCAGUGGCGUCUGGAGGUACGACCACGAAGGUGAAGCGAGCUAGUCAGUUGAGCGAGUCGUUUGGUGGACCUCAUGGCAACCAGUUCUCCGAUCAACCGGCUGCUACUUCAGGACAAACAAUCACGUCACUUACAGUGCGUGGCGCGGAGCGUAUUGACGGUCUCACUUUGGAAGUGUCGGCACCGACGGCUCAGACAUUCACACACGGUGGAACGGGAGGAGAUCCGUACACGCUCACGCUCGGUGAAGGGGAACAUAUCACGUCAAUGGAGGCUCAUUGGGGUCAAAAGGACGGCCAUACACGCACCUUCUAUCUGAAUUUCGGUACCAGUGCCGGCAAUUCCGUCUCCGCAGGUUCUCAGACUGACGAGAAGGCUUCGAUUACUGCGCCGGAAGGUUAUCAGCUCGGAGGAUUCUUUGGGCGUGACGGCGAUGAGAUUGACCUGCUUGGUGUCGUGUGGACGAGCAUUGAAGUUGUGGGGGAACCUGCAGCUGCUGCUGUAUCAGCAGACGAAGAUAUUGUGUUAAGUGAGACGUUCGGUGGUCCUCAUGGAAUUGCGUUCUCGGAUAUCAACUCGAUCAAGUUCGGUCAGACAGUGAGCUCUAUUACGAUCCGGUCAGCCGAGCGAGUUGACGCUGUGACGCUACAGGUUGCUGCCCCUGCCGAGGUGACAAUGAACCACGGAGGGAAAGGAAGUGAAGACAAGACGCUCACGCUUGGCCCUGGUGAGUACAUUACGUCCAUGGAAGCUAAUUGGGGCAAGAAGAACGACCACACGAGAGUAUUCUACGUAAGCUUCACAACCAGUGCUGGUAACACGAUCUCGGGUGGGUCGCCCACCGACGAUAAGGGCACAGUCACCGCCCCUGAAGGCUUUCAACUGAGUGGAUUCCACGGCCGCGCGGAAGACGAAGUGGAUCAACUUGGAGUCAUUUGGACGAGGAUUUCGGCUAAGAACAUCGAGUUGACCGACUCUGCCGGCAACGGCAACGGCACGUCAAUUCGCAACUGGGUGGGCCCCACUGUCGGAGCGGCCAGUGAGACAGCCUGCUACCGGAAGACGGUGGCGUUCGACAGCAACAACAUUUGUCCCUUGGGCUACGGCAAAGACGACGACGACUGCAUCACGCAGUGCCCCAUGGCUUACCCCGUUUCGUGCGCGUUGGAGUGCAUCCCUCAGAACGACGACUGUGCACUCGAUGUUCUCUCCAAGAUCGGAUCUGUCGUGGCGGUGGCGCUUAAUGCCGCAACUGGAGGAGUGUUUGUGGCCUACCAAGCGGACGUCGUGCUGAUCGAUCUGCCCGUGGCUGUGUGCGUGUGCCUCAACCUCCCAGUCCCUAAGGGAGCUGUCUUCGCGGAUACCGUACUCACUAUCGUCGAAGGUAUCGUAAAGCAGGCUAUCACCAAUGGAGACGAAAUCAUCUCGACGGGAGCAAACGUCCUGAAUUUACUCACAGGCAGUGGAGCGGUCAACUCGUCGGCUACAACUGUGGACGAACUGCAGGAGCUCAUCGACAAGAAUUCCUCCUGUGGGUGGCAACUCAAGAGCCUCACCGACCGCGUAGUGUUCGCGGUCAAUGAUGUUCGGAACAAGACGCCGAACGCUGCCGCUGACGACGUCCGAGUGAUUGUGUACAAGUCCGCCACCGUUCUCAACGACAUCCCGACCGUCACUAACAACUGUAUGGGCGAGUUAUUGGCCACCAAGACGCUGACAGCCUCGUUCGAGACGCGCGACAUGCUCCGGAAGACGUUCGGAGUGAUCGUGGACCAGCUCAUCGAGACCGGCACGACCGACAUGGGCAAGGAUGUGGACAACGACGAGUAUAUGCUCAAGGUGGCGAACAUGGGGCUCGUCGUGCUGUCGACGAUUGACCCGACGGGGAUCGCCUACAUGGGCUCGCAGUUCGUCCAGCCCAUCUGUGGGCCGACUGCAUAUCUUGGCGAGAUUGAUGACGGGACGCUGCACGACGCGCUGGGGCUUACGACUGUGGACGAAGCGUUUGAGGGGAGUCACGGGUCUUGGACCAAGGUGGGCGACGGGGUGGUGCACAUUGUGUUCGAGAGCGUUGACACCAAGGACGUGACGGUGGUGAUCCACUCGGGAGGUGACAAGUACGCGGAGGUUGAUGUUGGAGCAGGAGAUGUGGUGACGUGGGACGCAACGAUCCCGGAGUUGCAAGACAAAAGAACAUGUACCUGGAUCGAUGGCGGCCCGGAAUUCUGGGUCUUCCUGGCUCUGGAGGUGAUAGCGUCGGCAGCGAGGGUCGUGGCCAUUGUUGGCAUCAAUGCCGCCGUCAUCACGCUGAGACCGAGCACGCUCUCGCCUCACUUGUCAUUAUCGAAAUUGCUUCCCAUGGCGCUUCGGAUAGCGUUCCGAGCGUUGGCUGUGUUCGUGCUUGGGGCGUCUUCAGAUGACUCAGUCCAGCUAAGUAAAACCUACGGCGGGCCCCAUGGAACGCCCUCCUCCGACCAAGCCUCAGUCGCUGCUGGCCAGACCGUGAGCUCCCUCACUCUCCGCUCUGGUGACCGAGUUGACGGCUUGACCCUCGUCAUAUCCAAGCCGACGUCAAUGACUUUCACGCACGGAGGGAGUGGUGGGAGUGACCAAACGCUCGUGCUCGCUGCGAACGAGUACAUCACGUCGAUGGAGGUUCACUGGGGCGAAAAGAGCGGCCACACGCGCGUCUUCUACCUAAAAUUCCUGACCAGUGCCGGCAAUUCACUAGCUGGAGGAAGUACGACGGACUCCAGUGCGACCGUGACAGCGCCUCCAGGGUUCCAGCUCGGCGGGUUUGUCGGUCAAGACGGUGAUGAAGUUGAUCUACUGGGCGCUAUCUGGACGCGCGUUGACGCUGCAGGCCCCGGGACGGUAGCUCCAGGUGGUGCUGGCUCAGGAUCAAGUAGUAUGUCUGAAGAUGUGGGUCAGUCGGAGGAUGGCCAGACACAGGAAGCUCCGGAUGCGUCGGUGUCCGGUAGCGGAGAACAGCACGUGAAGCCGAGCAAGAUUGCGGGUAUUGAGCUCAGCGACGUAUUCGGAGGCCCUCACGGUGGUUACGAACCUUCAACAUCGUCGGGGCAGACAGUGAAUUCCACCACUGUUCGUGGCGCGGAUCGCGUCGAUGGAGUGAGCUUGACAAUCUCAGCGCCGACUCCUCUGAGCUUCAAGCAUGGAGGCAAUGGCGGAUCGGACAAGACGCUCGCACUAGCGGAAGGGGAGUAUAUCACCUCAAUGGAAGCUCACUGGGGGCAGCACAACGCCCACACACGCGUGUUUUACCUCAAGUUCACUACCAACAAGGGGAACUCCGUCUCGAAUGGGAAACCCACCGAUGAACAGGGUGUAGUGACUGCACCUGACGGGUAUCAACUGACGAUCUGGACGAGUAUUAAGGUCGUGGAAGCCACAGCCACGGAGGCACCCGAAGUCGUAGACGAAGACAUCCAACUCAGCGCAUUGUACGGCGGUCCACAUGGCAAUGCCUUCUCGGAUAUCAAUACGCUGGUGCUGGAGCAGACAAUUGGUGGUGUCACGAUUCGCUCGGACAAGCGCGUUGAUGCCGUGUCGCUGCAUGUAACAGACCCUGCUGAGGUCUACAUGGUGCAUGGAGGAACAGGAGGUUCCGAUAAAACUCUCAUUCUGACAGCGGGGGAGUAUAUCAACUCCAUUGAAGCCCACUGGGACAAGAAGAACGACCACACCCGCGUGUUUUACCUGAAUCUGGGGACAAACAUGGGCAAUUCACUCUCGGGAGGGACUCAGACGGAUAACAAGGCAACCGCUACUGCCCCCACUGGCUAUCAGUUAGGCGGGUUCUACGGUCGUGCUGGUGAUGAAGUCGAUCAGAUCGGAGCCAUUUGGACCCGAAUUCGAGCAAAAGGGGUGUCGUUGACGGACGACAUGGGGUCGGAUAUCACCUCGGGCUCUGGUUCUGGUUUCGUUACCUACACCACGUCAAUCCGCAACUGGGUGGGACCUACCAUCGGCACCCCCACGGACAAGGCUUGCUAUCGGAAGACCGAAGGCUUCGACAGCCACAACAUUUGCCCUCUCGGGUACGGCAAGAACAGCGAGGAUUGCAUCACGUACUGCCCCAUGGCUUAUCCCGUGACGUGCGGGGACGAAUGCCUCCCUCAGGGCGGCAACUGCUUGCUGGAUACGCUCAAGAAAAUAUUUUCCGUGAUCGCUGUGGCGCUCAACGCUGCGACCGACGGCGUGUUUGGUGAGAUUCUGACCACGUUUAAGGAGGUCGCGCUGGUUAUCAACUGCGCCACGAAUAUGGUCAAGGUGAUCAAGGCGCUGUUGAAGUAUCUAACCAUUAUCGGUGAAUCCGGGGCGAAUACCCACGAAGCUCUGAUCGACGCAGCCUAUCAGUCCAACGCAGUGGUGGUGGAUCUACCCGUGGCGGUGUGUACGUGUCUCGGUAUUCCAGUCCCCGCCGGUGCGAAAUACGCCAGUACAGUGCUCAGUAUCGUGGAAAAUGUUGUGAAAGAAGUCGUAACAAACGGCGACGAGAUCACGUCGGACGCUCAGAGCUUCAUGAGCUUCCUCAAACAGAACGUGACUGCCGAUACGGCGGAGGCCAGUGUGGAUAACCUGCAAGAACUGCUGGACUCCAACACGACGUGCGGCUGGGAGCUCAAACGCCUCACGGAUCGUGUCGUCUCCACUGUCAGCGACCUCCGCAAUGCAACCAACGCUGCAGUGGAUGAUAUUCGAGUAACUGUGAGCAAGUCGAAUCUCGUGCUGUACGACAUCCCUAGAGUGACCAACAACUGCAUGGGCGAGCUCCUGCACAACAAGACGCAGCAGGCUGCAUUCGAGACCCGCGACUUGAUCCGCAAGACGUUCGGAGUCAUUAUCGACCAGCUCGUGGAGACGGGCAAGACAGACACGGGUAAGGACGUCUCCUCCGACGACUACAUGCUGAACAUCGCCGACAUGGGACUGAGUGUACUGUCGACGUUUGACCCCACGGGUCUCGCGUACAUGGCGUCCCAGUUCAUCCAGCCCACGUGUGGACCCACGUCCUUCAUCGGGGAGAUCGACGACGGAACGUUAUAUGAAGCUCUGGGACUCGUAACCCACGGCGAUGCGUUCGAAGGCAGCUACGGCACCUGGACGAAAUCGGGUGAUGGCGUUGUCAACCUCAUUUUCGAGAGUACCGACACGAAAGACGUGACGGUAGUCGUCCAUUCCGGCGGCGAUCAGUACGCGAAGGUGGAUGUCGGGUCGGGAGACACUGUGUCGUGGAACUGUACCAUCCCCGAGCUGGAGGACAGGACCAUGUACUUGGAUCGCUGGCGUCCCGGGAUUCUGGGUUUGCCUGGAACUGGAGGAGGGUCGUUGCUGAUGUGGAUUCCAAGAUCGACCGAAGGAGGUCACAUCAAAAUGCACGUGAGAAUCAACCCCAGCUAA